CGACUAUGCUUACUUAUUCUCUCAUGAUUUGUCUGUCUCCCCUUUCCCAAAUCUUCUCACUCCUUUCACACCACCGUUCAGUGUUAUCUUCUCUCUGUAGAAAUGUACGAGCCCCAACCCCAACCCCAACCUCAACCUCAACCUCAACCUCAUUACCUGAGAUCUCGAAGAAGCAGAAGCCGUACAAACGUAGCAUCAUGUAUAGUCGCCAGCGUCUUCCUCCUCUUCCUCGCCGCCGUGGCCGCCGUAGUUUUCUUCCUCCUCUUCAAACCCAAGGACCCCACCAUCUCCGUCGACGCCCUCCAAUUCCCCUCAUUCUCCGUCUCCAACUCAACCUUCAACUUCACUCUCUUCCAGUUCGUCUCCGUCACUAACCCUAACCGCGACGAUUUCACUCACUACGACAGCUCUCUCCAGCUCCUCUACUCCGGCUCCCAAGUCGGCGUCGUCUUCAUCCCCGCCGGCCAGAUCGGCGCCGGCCGCACUCAGCACAUGUCCGCCAAAUUCGACGUGAAGGAGUAUCCUCUCGCGGCGAGGUCCGGCCAAGUGUCGGUGGCGGCGGCCAGUGGUGGAGUGGUGGCGCCGACGAUGGAGAUAGAGACGAGGAUGAAGUUGGUGGGGAGGGUUAGGGUUUUGAAAGUGUUUACGCAUAGGGUGGAGAGUAGAGUGAGGUGUGGGGUUGUUAUCGAAGUCAGCGAUGGAUCUGUGUUGGGGUUUCAUUGUUGAGCAAGGAAGUGUGUUGGCUUUGUUUUCUGGCUUGAAUUCAACUCCUCCAAUUAUCCUCUUCUUCUGUGAACUUGUGUAAUUGUAAGGUGGUGGUGAUGAUGGGUUUUUGAUUUUUGGACAUUUGAAUCAGAGUCUUAAUUGUGGUAUUAUUUUAUUUAUAAUUUUUGUAUUGGAAAAUUUUCCAUCUGGAUCUCGAGAAAAACAGAGAGCCAGUUUCUAAUUACAUUCCAUUUACAGCCAGCCAGUCUGGAUUGUGGAUUAGAUUGAGGAAUUUUAGUGGGAAAUGAAUGAGGGAACAAAAACACAAGCCCACAAUUUGGAUGGA